AAAUGAUGCUUGCCUAUAAAUGUCUACACGCUCAGUCAACUACGGUAUAUACAGCAAUAGCAAGUUAUAGGCAACCAGUCAUUCACAGUAAAAUUGAUACAGUAUAAUAAUAAUGAAAUACAAUACUAAUUGUGGAGCUGCUCUAUUGAUAGCAAUUUUCAUUUGCACAAGCUGGAUGACAACAGAAGGUGUGACUAUCUUACCCAGUGCCUCACAGUCAACCAUGGAACCACCUGCAACCAUCAACUAUUCCACUCCUAGCCACAGCAUCCUACCCACAGCAACAUACACUUCGAUCACACAAGCUACAUCAAAUGGACCUAGUACCUCACAAUCGUCCUCACAAUACCAGACGGAGGUCUCCAUGAGCUCUACUAUUUCAACCAGCAGUAUUGCAAACACACAACAAUCUUCAUAUUCUACAAUCCCCCACUUGUCAUCUUUGCUUUCCCACUAUACACCAGCCACAUCCUACCCAUCACAAGUGCCUACAAAGACAGUGGCCUCUACAAUGCGAGUCUCAACUUCAUCAUCUAUACUACCACAAGGAACACCAUCGCAAUCCACUUACUCUACGCUACAAACGCCACCCUCCAUAACGAACAUGCAUCAAACAACAUCGACGAUACUGCUAAUGCAAGAAACAAUACCACCAUCACAUUCAUCUGACCACACCUCACACUCGGAGACAAUCAUUUUUAGCCUAGCUGGAGUCAUUGUGGGCUUAAGCUUGAUAAUCAUACUCCUGGUAUUAGCUUUGGUCCUCAUGUUGAUUCAUAAUCGCAAACUGAAGAAGCUACUUACUCUAAGUAAAGAUCCGCAAACUUAUGAGGUUCCAAUAAUGACUAACUUUGCUGCUGUAAGUCAGAGCUCUGUAAGCACGCCUUCCAACGAUUCUAUCAAUAAAAACAUGAGCUAUAACCAAAGCUACGAUCGACUACUUCAAAACCACAACUCCAGAAAGUUAUCAAAUCCAAGAAGGCUACCUCAAGAUUACGAGCUACCAGUGAUAUCAAAUAUUGCAACAAACAGGCACACUGCUCUAAGCUUGUCCACUGAAUCACUUGACAAUGAUAGAAAUCACGGGUAUGGUAGCUUAGUAUUUCAGAACCACAGGCAACCGAGCAAAGUAUCUCCGUCAAGAAUACUACCUCAAGACUACGAAGUACCCGUUAUCUCAAAUAUUGCUGCAAUGAGUCAAAAUGGCCUGAACUUAUCAUCUGAAUCAAUUGGCUAUGACUUAAACUCAAGUCCAUACGAUACAGUGUUACUCUCCCCUCUACCUAGCGGUGUGUAUGACUACAUAUCCGAGCGACCGAAUGACGAAGAAGAGGUUACCAUGGUGAUUGAGCUUGAAAGUGAAAGUGAAAGACUUAGACAUGCAUCUACUAGAACUUAUGAAGAGGUGCAAGUUUUUGAUGAUCUCCAACAGAAAGAAAAAUAAUGCACAAAAAUAGUACUUUUUAGUGAUGUCUGUAUACAUGUAAGCUUUUCUAAGAGCAUAAAAACAAAUUCUUAGUUAGCUAUUAAUUUUGUGUUUGUGUCCUAUAAUGUUCUUUGCUUCUUUCAUUGUCAGAAUUUUCGGCUUG